AUGUUGAUGUCCAUUGUUGUGUUUGUUCUUCUCUUCAGUAGUUGCAUGGCCAACAAAGUGGCAGAUUCACUGAUUCAAAAAUCUUGCAAAAACAUCUCAGAUUCUAUAAUAGUGUUUACCGUUCCACAUUUCGAAUAUGAUUGCAUUGCAACUCUCAAAAAGAAUCCGGAGAGCCAGAAAGCAAGAAAUAUCGAUGAUUUGAUCAUGGUAGGAAUGAAUAACGCCGUAUCAUACUUAACGACUGUUAAAAGAAUUGUGGAGAAGAUUAUUAAAGAGAGGAAAUAUAAGAGUAGCCUUAGUAAGAAUUCGUUGGAAGAGUGUCUUAAGCUUUACUCCAAAAGCGCUCACAUGUUAACCUCAGGUUUGAAUUACCUCAAAAAGGGGAAUUUCGACAAGGCUAGUCUUGAAAUUAAUGAUGCAGAUCAAGCACCGAUAUUUUGUGAGUUGAAAUUCAACGGCGACAAUAAACAGAUAUCUCCCGUGAAAAAAGAGAAUAAUCUUCUCUUAACAAUGAUCUACAUUCCUUAUGUGUUUAUGUUGGAACGGCAUUAUAAUGUCUAG